AGCAGCUGAAGAUGUUAGUGAGACAUUACGGGCAGAAUGACUGGAAGUUCCUGGCCAGCCACUUUCCUAACCGCAGCGACCAGCAGUGCCAGUACCGCUGGCUGAGGGUCUUGAACCCAGACCUGGUGAAGGGCCCUUGGACCAAGGAGGAGGACCAAAAGGUAAUUGAACUGGUGAAAAAAUAUGGCACCAAGCAGUGGACCCUGAUAGCCAAGCACCUGAAGGGGCGUUUGGGGAAGCAGUGCCGGGAGCGCUGGCACAACCACCUGAACCCUGAGGUGAAGAAGUCCUCCUGGACAGAGGAGGAGGAUCGCAUCAUCUGCGAGGCCCACAAGGUCCUGGGCAACCGCUGGGCGGAGAUUGCCAAGCUGCUGCCUGGCAGGACUGACAACGCUGUGAAGAAUCACUGGAACUCCACCAUCAAGCGCAAGGUGGACACGGGAGGGUUCCUCAAUGAAACUAAGGAGUCCAAGUCACUGUACUUGCUCGUGGAGGUGGAUGACAAGGAGAGCCAGAGUCAAACGAGGUCUGAGAGUCAGAACGUGCUGCCCAGCUGUCUGGUGGAUACCUCUGAGAUCAAGGAGGAGGAUGCCAGCGACGAGGAGGUGACGGGUGUGCAGGAGCUGCCCUCAGAGCUGCCAGCUGCCCACCUGCCAGAGCAGAACCCUGAGGGCACCCCAGAGGACGUGGUGCCUGAGGAUGCCUCCUUUGGCACGUUGCCCUACAAAUGGGUGGUGGAAGCUGCCAGCUGUCUGUACCCAUCAGCUGUGCCAGCCUUCAGUGAGGCUCUGGACAUGAUUGAAUCCGACCCGGACGGGUGCGAGGUCAGCCGCCCGAGGGACCCCUCGGCCAGCAGCAGCAGCAGCAGCAGCAGCCCGGGGAGGCAGAGCCCCAGCAAACCCAGCUCCUCCCUGCCCAACGUCACUGAGUACCGCCUGGAUGGCCACACCAUCUCUGACCUGAGCAGGAGCAGCAAGGGGGAGCUCAUCCCCAUCUCCCCCCACGCCGAGGGGAGCUUUGGCACGCCGCCCUCGGUGCUGAAGAGGCAGAAGAAGAGGAAGGUCUCCCUCUCCCCUGUCACAGAGAAUGUCACUGGCACCAGCCUCUCCUUCCUCGACUCCUGCAACAGCAUGACACCCAAGAGCACCCCUGUCAAGACUCUGCCCUUCUCUCCAUCUCAGUUCUUGAACUUUUGGACCAAGCAGGACACACUAGAACUGGAGAACCCCUCCCUGACCUCCACGCCCGUGUGCAGUCAGAAGGUGAUUGUCACCACCCCUCUGCACAGGGACAAGACCCCCCUGCUCCAGAAGAACUCGGCGUUUAUCACACCAGAUCAGAAAUAUGUGGGGGACAACACCCCCCACACCCCCACGCCGUUCAAAAACGCCCUGGAGAAAUAUGGACCCAUUCGACCUCUGCCCCAGACACCUCACCUGGAAGAAGACUUGAAAGAGGUGCUCCGAAGUGAAGCUGGCAUUGAACUUAUCAUAGAGGAUGAGGUGAAGCCUGAGAAACAGAAGAGGAAACAAGGGUUGCGCCGCAGCCCCAUCAAGAAGGUGAGGAAGUCUCUGGCCCUGGAUAUUGUGGAUGAAGACAUGACACAGAACGUGCCUGUGCUCCCCAAGACUGUGUGUUUCAAAAGAGCCCAGCCUGUGAAUUUCCUGUCGAGGUCCCUGAACGUUUCCUCCUCGAGCAGGAAGAACGACAGUGGUUUGCUCAACAGAGCCUUUGUGCAAGUGCAGCCAGAGAAGAUGUCCUACAGGAAGAUGCCCAGCCACUUCAGACCUCCAGCACCGAUGACCAGGGCUUGGAAAGCAGUGGCCUGUGGUGGAACCCAAGACCAACUCUUCAUGCAGGAGAAAGCUCGACAGUUUUUGGGCCUGUUGAAACAGAGCCACACAUCAAGGACCUUAAUCUUAUCAUGAAGGAUUGUUCUGAUUUUGGUUUUCUAAUUUUAUUUUUGAAAUUUUCUUUUAUAUAAGUGAAGCAGAGGGGGAACCACAAGGGAGGGGGAAAAAAAAAUCCCCUACCAGGCCUUAGGGGGUGGGGGUGGAUUUUUUUUCCUCCUUCUGUUCCCAGGUAGAUCUGUGUUGUAAUAAAUUGGGCUAGGUGCUGCCU